CGGUGUUGCAGGUUAUUGUCCGGGUUGUUACCACAAGGCUUUCCGACGUUGCCGUUUAUGCUUCCUGGUGGUAUGACGCAGCAGUUCCAGGUGCCUGACAUGGACUCUCUAGGCGCGAUGAGUACGCCAAAACAAUCGAAUACGAUGAAACGUCAGUACUCAUCAAAUGGCAAGAAUUACUGUGAUUUGUGCAAUAAGGAGGUGUGUAACAAGUACUUUCUACGCACACAUAUGUUGAAAAUGCACGGCAUUGUGAUUGACGAGAACAAGACGGUGAUCGCUAAUAUUGAUACACUGGAGAAGGAGCGUAUGGGUACGCUUUCUUUCAGAUGCGACAUUUGUCAUACGGAACACAAAUCUCGGCAUCUACUUCGACAACACAAACAGGAUGUGCAUGGAGUGGUGCCAUUGUCGACUCCGUCGACUAGGACUGUCGUCAAUGGGGACGAGAAGGUGGAGAAGUGCCCCUUGUGCGAGCGACGUCUAGCGGCUAACGCCCUCUCGGCUCACAUUCAGAACGAGCACACCGGCAGUGGAGGCUUGUCGCUGUCGCAGCUCGCUCCGACCUCACCCAGCUUAGACUUUUUGCGUUGUAUGCGAUGUCAGUAUACGACUCGCGAUCCGCGGAACCUCGAAAUGCACGUGGAACGACAUGAGCGAAUGAACGAAGCAACGAGGGAGUCGUGCUCUGAAAUCAGCACAGAUGCUGCUCUACGAGCCACAACCGAAGCUGCUUUGAAAAUGAUGGUUGCAAAUCGAGUCAGUACAAGUAACAGUUUGAAUUUCAACGUAAUACUCUCGCGACGACGCCCUAUCUCGGGUCUAGACGACGCGAGUACUUCAGCACACUUUUUAGUACUCUCGCUCUUUGACUAUCUUAAAAAUAGAUUAAAAUAUGGGUUGCAAUCCGUAGUUAUUGACGGAUAG